UCUCGCUCCUUAUCUGUCUCUCGCGCACACGCACACACAAUUUAAGUUUCCUCAUCAACUGGCCCCGUCUCUCUUUUAGGAUUGUUGAUGAAUAAAACGAGUCAUUUUUAAGAAAAAGCACAGAAGAAUAAGAAAGAAAAGUGAACAAGGAAUGGAGAGAUUAACAGACCUUGCAGGGAAUUUAGCACACGAGCAUGCCCAGGUUGUGCCUUUAACACUCUUCGUCGCUGUUUUAUGUCUGUGUUUAGUCAUUGGGCACUUGCUUGAAGAGAACCGAUGGGUUAACGAGUCCAUCACUGCCAUCAUCAUGGGAUGUGUUUGUGGAAUAUUUAUCUUGGUUUUGAGUAAAGGAAAAAGCUCGCAUAUAUUAAGAUUUAAUGAAGAGUUGUUCUUUAUUUAUCUCCUUCCUCCUAUCAUUUUCAAUGCGGGAUUUCAGGUCAAGAAAAAGCAGUUUUUUCAAAACUUUAUAACCAUUAUGCUGUUUGGAGUUGUUGGUGUUUUCAUUUCUGCACUCAUUAUUGUAGCUGGCAGCAGGUGGACAUUUCCAGGAUUAGGACUUCUUGGUCUGACAGGACGUGACUAUCUUGCCAUAGGAGCAAUCUUUUCGUCGACUGAUACAGUGUGUACACUUCAGGUUCUUAAUCAAGAUGAUACUCCUUUACUAUACAGCUUGGUCUUUGGGGAAGGAGUUGUAAAUGAUGCAACAUCAGUUGUCCUGUUCAACGCCAUACAGAAGAUGGAUGUUACAAGACUCAAUUCAAAAACUGUACUCAGGGUUGUUGGAGAUUUUCUUUACUUGUUCUUGACAAGCACUGCUCUGGGUGUCACUACUGGACUUGUGACAGCGUUUAUACUUAAAACCUUAUACUUCGGAAGACAUUCAAGCAUUCGAGAAAUUGCUCUGAUGGUUUUAAUGGCGUAUCUCUCUUACAUGUUGGCCGAGCUGCUAGAACUAAGUGGUAUUCUCACAGUUUUCUUCUGUGGGAUUCUCAUGUCACAUUACGCAUGGCAUAAUGUGACCGAAAGCUCAAGAAUCACAACCAGGCAUGUAUUUGCAAUGAUGUCAUACGUUGCCGAGACCGUCAUAUUUCUCUAUGUGGGGAUGGAUGCACUUGACAUCGAGAAGUGGAGGACGAGUAAGAUAAAUUUUGGAACUUCAAUGAGCAUAUGUAGCACAUUGGUGAUGCUAGUAUUGCUUGGACGAGCCGCAUUCGUGUUUCCACUCUCUGGUUUUUCCAAUUUCAUGAAUAGAGGAAGAACAUCGUUAAUCACAUUCAAGCAACAAGUAAUUAUUUGGUGGGCUGGACUAAUGAGAGGUGCAGUGUCAAUUGCUUUGGCGUACAAACAGUUCACAUUUUCUGGAGUGACGUCGAAUCCAGUCAAUGCUGCAAUGGUCACCACCACCAUCAUUGUUGUCUUGUUCACUACAAUGGUAUUUGGUUUUUUGACAAAGCCGUUGAUAUAUUUUAUGCUUCCACAUGAUGACAACAAUCGCAACAAUCACCAAGAAGUGAAGAUCCCUAAAGAUGAUGUACGCCUGCCUUUGCUGUCACUUGAAGAGUCUGCUGCAACAAACCUUCAAAGAGCGACAGACAGUUUGUCCAUGCUAAUAGAAAGCCCUGUAUAUACAAUACAUUACUACUGGAAGAAGUUUGAUAAUGCCUACAUGAGACCUAUAUUCGGUGGUCCUCGAAGCAGUCAGCAGGAAUGCUAAAUCUACCAAUAUAACCUCGAUUUAGUGCUGACCAACUCAUGUGUUGAACAACCUUGAGAUGCAAGUUUUGUAGGAUGGCUGGCAGGUAAUGGAGAUCAUGAUUUCUCUGCUCAAAACGGAAGUCUGUAUAUUUCGACUCUAGGUAUUGAAAACAUGAUACCGACUAGGCCUCUCGAGCUUGACUGAUAAGUUGCAGUUCUACUGAGCAAUGUGGAUUUCAUCAAGAAUCUACUCUGAUGUAUAUAUGUUUGGAAAUAAAUGUUGCUGGGAAACUGUUCUGUGUACUUCUUUCUCUGACAAAAGCAUGGCAUUUGCAGGAUAAAUUCCUUAAUCUUGAACUUGCGUAAGCAAACCAAGUUGGUUGAUUUGCAGAAAAUGGAUCUGACUGCUCUCUUGGCUCU